AUGGUUUUUAAGCAACGUGAUGCCGUACGCCAAACAUGGGGUGCUCGGAAUCGUUACGAUUCUGUCCAAACAGUAUUUGUUGUUGGCAAAACUGCUGAUGAUACCGUACAAAUGGAUGUGCAAAAGGAAAUCGAGAGGCACGGUGAUAUUCUUUAUAUCGAUUCGAUUGAUUCCUACAGAAAUAACACUCGAAAGUUUAUUCAUUCUAUACUCUUCGCUUUCAAACCAGGGAAUGGAUGUCCUUCACCAGAGUUCUUGUUCCUUGUGGACGACGACUAUAUGGUGAACAUAGGUGGAAUCCUUCGUCACUUAUCUGAGGAAAACCGGUAUUUUCACUUGUAUGAAGGAUGGAUGUUCAACACAACACCGUUCCGAUUCCGUAUUCAUAAGCAUGCCGUGAGUUCCAUGUUUGACGGUAUCCUGAACAUGUACCCUUUGAUCGGUAAUGCCGCCAUAACAUCUCAGCCUGGUAGCUGUACUAAAUUGUCACACAACACUGUUGCUCACUUUUAUUUCGCGCUACAGUUAGUUAGGAUUUAUCCAUUCGAUGAUAUCUACGCUGGAAUUCUUGCACAUUUGUUGCGAAUCCGUCCACGGCAUAAUGAGGCCUUUGUAUUUUGGACUCGAUCUAUAAAUGCUGAUGAGUGGAAGCAUGGAAAUGUCUUGGCCGCACACGGUUAUUCACCUGAUCAAUUAAUCCUCGAGUACAACGCAUCGAUUCAUUCUGCAUAG